GGGCGCCGUAAACAAAUAAAACUCGGCUGCCACAAUUUCAAACCAAUAAUUUACUAUUAUUAACGUAUCUAGCAAAAACCAAGUUUUAUUGUGAAAGUGUGAGAUAAGAUGUGUAAAAUAAAUUAGAAAGCGUUAUCUUAUCAGAAUCUCGCAGUACUACAAACGGAGGAAAAUUUACAAACUUUACAAAUUAUAUCUCAAUGAACCAAACGCAAAUAAAAAAAGAUGAUAAGAAAAAGGAUGGCACUAUACAAAAACCGGUACAAAAGAAGAGUCCAGAUAGAAAUAUGUCUGAAAUAGACGAGCAUAUACUAAAGAGGUUUGAAAUAAAAAAAGAGACUUGGCAAAGGCGCUUAUGGUAUAGUAUGGAAGGCAAUAGACAAAAAAGUAAGGAUGUGGUUGCAAUCAAGAAGAUUUUCGAUGCUUUUCGUAACCAGACGGAUGCUCAAAGGACUUUUAGAGAAAUUAUAUUUUUACAGUCAUUCAGGAAUCAUCCCAAUAUUGUGAAGCUACAUAGUAUACACAGGGAUCGAGAAGAAAUAGCACAGGGGUCACGGCAACCUGGAUUGGGCUCACCAGACAGUUGCCGAGCCAGGUCCCGCCGCUUCUCCAUCGGCCCUGAACAAGAACGGAGUCUUCCUAAACUGCGAAGCUCUAGGGCAGGCUUCGCCACACGGUCGACCUUCCAACCUGUGUUCAGUUGUAACUCGCCCUCGUCCACUACUUCCACUACUUCCACCACGUCGCUCGCGCAGCUUCGCGAGAAAUUAACCAAAUUUACUCCACUAAAUUUCACCAAAGUACCCGCAAGAAUCGCCGCCACCCCCGAGCUACCUAUACUCAUAGAAGAAGAAUACGACAAAUUAAGCAGCAGCGAACCAAAACGCCGCUGCGGGGUGUUGCGUAAUAUAAAGCAUUAUCAUAGCGACAGCGAAGUUCAAAUUGUAAAAAAAACCAGAGAUCUUCAGCCUAUUGUCGAAGAACGUUCAGCUAACUUACUGCCAGCUUUAGAUGCUACUGCCAGUACUGACCAAUCAGCAAUCGUCGAGGCAUUCGAACAACUACACAAUAAGGACCCCUCAGUCAAUCUGUUUGAUUGGUUGGAAGAAGAGGCGCUAAACCACGAGCAAGACAAGGAUAGUGGUUUAAUAUCGGAUUGGAGAAAAAGAUGCCGAAAUAAAAGUGACAAAACAAAUGUCUCUAAUGAUAUUGAUACACAUGUUGAUCUACUGGUAGAACAGCAGCAAAAAUUGAUAUUUCGAGAGCUGUACAGAAUAUUGAUAAGACAAAUAAUACGUCUAAAAUACUGAAAAUGAAUAACAACACAUUAAAAUCACCCAAAGACAUAGCAAACGAACUCGAUACUCCAGAAAAGAGCACUUAUCGGCAAAAAAAGGCUAGAGUCCGUAACUAAACGUAGGAGAUCGGUGAAGCCCGUACAUUAUACUUCGUACUAUUCAUCAGAAGAUGAGUGCCAGAGGGUCGUAAAAAAAGCGGGUAAACAAACGAAACCCAGAAGCCGUUAAGCUAAAAUAACACAGAGGACUGACUUGAUUGACGAAAGAAUGAGAAAUGAUCAACCUGAAGUGUUAGAAACUUCAUUCGUCCAUGAAAAGGGCAAUAUGAAUGUAUGUAU